UUGGUGAUAAUAUUGGAACAAUGUCAGGUGGAAGUAUAGCUGGUAGGAUUGUGUUUUAUAUUUUAUAUAUUUUGUAUGGAGAAAUAUAUGCAAUAGCAUCUUCUGUUUCGAAUGAAAAUGUGUCAGGUGGAAGUAUAGCUGCAUCUUCUGUUUCGAAUGAAAAUGAUUCCUUAUCAUUUGAACAAUAUCAAAAUUAUCGUUCCCAACACCCGGGACCUCUCUCAGAGAGGUCCUUCAAUAAAUGGAAACGUAAUGGCGGUAUGGAUGAGCCCUCCUUUAAAUGGAGGGCUCAUCCAUACCGGGGUGUUGGGAGACACCGAAGAAAAAACAGCAACCAAAAGGUUGUAAAUGUCUUCUAUCAGUAG